UGUUAUGAGUGUGUCACUUUGCAGUCAUACCGCCAUGUUUAUGCACAAAAACACGAAGCAAACCGCUAGUGAGAAAAAGGAAGUCAUCGGGGGGGUUCUGAGAAUUACUGCGGUGACAGAUCAUGUGACUUUCUGUAAACUGAACCGAAAUGGGGCUCAUUUACAUCCCACCGCCAUCUCAGACAGGAAGUGUGUUUGUGUGACAUUAUUUUUGUUUGUUGACUUUUUUUCUGCUUCUCUAUUUUUUUGACAUGUAACGCAAAAACUGGCUAAUAAACAGUGAAAAUAAUCUACAUGUGAAAUCAAAGGGAAAUGAGCGACAGAUUGAUCAAUUAAUAUUGUUUUAAUUUGUUUUUAGUGUUUUUAGGUUGUUGUUUUUUUAAUCCAACACUUGGCUUUGAAGUCGGGCUUCACAGACUAAAUAUUAUGCAUCAGUUGUCAGCAGCAUAAGUUUUGUCACAUCCUUGCAGCACUGAAAGUGUUUUUUGCUUUUUUUUGACCAGUGCAGAAAGUGCAUUGCUUCUGUGCAGACUCAGGACCAGCUGCAAAGGGCAGUGCAGGCAGUGCAGGGGACACUAAUGCUGCAAUUAUGGCUGCAACAUUGGUCCCUUGCUUGCAUGCACAGUUGUGCAACCAUAAUGGCGGGCGCUCAGGCCACCCUGGACUCGCCAGUCCUCCUUAGCUUUUUGUUCCCUUUCCACACAAAAGGUCAAAUCAAAAUUUUAAGGCACACAUGUUGUCAUAUAUGCACAAAACAGUGUUUAUGUCCUCCGAUUACAAGCAUUCCUGAAUUAUUAUUAUUAUUAUUAUUAUUUUGAAUUGUCAGAUGAAACCACUUUUGAGCGUGAUGCCUGCAAUUGUUCUACUUUGCAGUAAUCCUCACUAGCUUAUAAAUCAUAGAUCAGUGCUCUUGUACAGCAGACAAGGGUUUUAUCAGAAGGGAUGUUUGGUUUCCAACUGUCUCUUAACUAACACCAAGAUGGUGUCUUAAGUCUUUCCAGCCAAUGACGCGCUCAGGCUCCUUACAUCAAUAGUAUGAGGCUAUAAAAUGUAACUUUUACAGUAAAUUGAAAUGUCUUUUUCUGCAGCUAGAGUAGUAAUAUUUGGUGAACACAAAAAUCACGAAGCGCACCUGAACUUGGCUUAAAACGCACUAUUUUGGAGCCAUGUCCUACAGGAUAGUUGUCAUAAUCUAGAGCAUGAGCUGAAAGAGGAGACAGAGUGAUCAUAGAGGCAUUUUCAAAGUUUUCUGCUGCAGUCUCCGUCUCUGUGCGAUUCAGGAAUCUCUGACCUCCUGCAGUGAUGUAUUGACUAAAUGCCGGUAACACUGACCUGCUCAAAGUUUAAAAAGAAUCGAGAGCUGCACCACAAGCCAAAACCAAACCAGAACACAGCCGUUCUCAUAGGUUGACGUGACCUUUGUGCAUCCACUGCCAUUUGCAAAGUUGUCAACGUCAAGCAGAAACUUCCAGUAAAACUUUCCACACUGAAAUAUUAGGCGGCCCGAGAGGGAUUCUUUAAAAACUUUGCGUACAUGAAUGCAUGCAAUCAUGCAUGCACAUGAAUUAAAACAGUUUUUUUUAAAAAGCUGCAGAGGCCGAGAAUGAGGACUGAAAAGAAGAGACAAAGCUUUGCGUAGUCUUAAAAAGACAAAACAGGGUCCAUACUCCAAUUAGCAGACUGCAACAGUGCAUGAUGCUCUCAUUAAAACUAACCUCUCUCAGGAUCGCUUAAACCAAGCUCACUGUUCUGAGCGAGUCCAGUGCUAACGAGCGACGUCAAAGGAUCACAAAGUGACCUCACUAGCCUCAAGUGACUAGUGGAAAAUUAAAUCUGCUUCCUCGUGGAAAUCACCUACAGUAUUCCUGCACAUCCUGGAAAAAUCUUAAAAGUCUUUAGAAUUCAUCCAAAUAUCAGUUUUCUUAAAUGCUGGAGCUGUCACAGCGACAGGUCUCUAGUGAUUCACAGCAACAGGACAGUUAAUUUUUUUUAUUGGAGUAAAAAUGUCUUCAGUCAUUCAGAAGUCUUAAAAGUGCUGAAUCCGUUGGUAGCCUGGAUGCUCGUGUCGUUAGCAUGUCUGCUGGCCGGCAGUGAGAUGGAGAAAAUCAGCCAUCAUUGUUAAACUGACCCUGCACAUGUAUGCAGGCAUUUCAAACUGACUGAAAUCAAGACAGAGAAAUUCGUUUGCUGGAUGCGAACAGCGACGCGCCCCUAAUGUAUUCGUAUUUUUCAGUAUUCUUGGUUGUUGUGAAUUAGUUUAAUUCUGAGUGGCAUUGAUAAAAACCUCUUAAAUCUGUUUAAUGUUCUGGCAAAUUACCAGCAUUUAUACUGAAUCCCAAAUGAAUUGACUCUUCCUGUGUGUCUGUGUCUCAGCUGAUCAGGUGUAUGGAGACCAGGACAUGCAUGAAGUGGUGCGGAAACACUGUAUGGACUACCUGAUGAAGAACGCAGAUUAUUUCUCCAACUACGUGACAGAGGACUUCACCACAUACAUCAACAGGAAGAGGAAAAACAACUGCCAUGGCAACCACAUCGAGAUGCAGGCCAUGGCGGAGAUGUACAACAGGCCAGUGGAGGUUUACCAGUACAGCACAGAACCAAUCAACACGUUCCACGGCAUCCAUCAGAACCACGACGAACCAAUCAGAGUGAGCUACCACCGCAACAUCCACUACAACUCCGUGGUUAAUCCCAACAAGGCCACGAUCGGGGUCGGACUGGGACUGCCCGCCUUCAAACCUGGGGUACAAAAACCAAACUCGCUUAGCACAUCAGACUGACUUUAGUUAUCCUAAAAGUUGGGAAAUCCCAGUUCUGCAAAAACACAACAAGUAACACAAUAAAUAAGUAGUAAAGCUCAGUAAAGUAGAGCAUGACAGAUUGGUAAAUCAAGCGAAUCAAGCUUGAUUUUAUACACCUGUGGCCAAUGAAGUGUUUGAAACACCCGAGUUCAACGAUUUGGAUGGGAGAGCGAAGACUCCUGCCUAAUCCACCUCCAUACCAUCAGAGAUGCAGGCUUUGAACUGAGCUGCAUGGUCUCUCGCCUCCAUAGCAGGACAAAAUUCAAGUUGUCUGACCACAGAACAGUUUUCCACUUUGUCUCAGUUCAAUCUAAAUGACCUUUGCCCCAGAAAAGAUGGUGGCAGCAUUUCUGGAUCAUGUUCACGUGUGGUUUCUUCUUUGCAGCUUUAACCUGCAUUUGUUGUUUGAAUGGCACAGAGAACAGGCUGUGUUCACAGACCGUGAUUCCUGGAAGUGUUCCUGAGCCCAUGCACGGAUUUCCAUGACAGAAUCAUGACUGUCUUAAAUGCAGUGCCGCCUGACAGUCCAAAGAUCACGGGCAUCCAAUAUUGAUUUUCAGCCUUGCUUUCUGCGCCAGAAAUUUCUCAAGAUGAAGUACUUCAGCAUGCAGAGUCCAGUUUUUUUGGAGACUGGUGAACCUCUGUCCAUCUUUAGUUUUAAGAAACUCCGCCUCCCCAAGACGCGCCUUUUACACCCAAUCGUGCUGCUUACCUGUUGUCAGUUAACUUAAUUAGUUGCAAGCUUUUUCUCUCAGUUUAAACAGUUGACAUGUUUUCUGUGUUGUAUUGUGAAUAAUCGAAGGGUUUGCUGGUUCCAAAUCAUUGCAUUCAGUUUUUGAUUACACGGCGUCGGGGUCAUUACGGUCUCACGCCGU